AUUAAUUAUGUAGUAAAUCGAAAAGGAAGAAGAAAUCUUUAAUGAUGAUAAAUUGAUUGAAAUCAUUCAAAAAAUCAUUGUUGGAGUUAAUGGAUUUGUCGAUUUAAAGUAGUAUAUUGGUACAAAUAAGCCAUCUUUUGGUGUAAUUCAAUAAAUUAUAAUUAGUUAAUCUAAAAUCAUUUUGAAAAGGUUUUAGAAUAAGGUAAUACCUAACUGUUCUAGUAGAAUAUAUAGAAAAUACUUGAAGGAUUGAUUUAAAACAAUGUUUAAAGAGUCUUUAUCAGAGUUUUAUUUUAAUAUUUAAAAUAAAAUCAAGACCAAUUAAACCUUAAACAGUUUUAAGACUCAGGAAUAGCUAAAAUUUGGAAGAAUUUAUAAUUCUAAGAAUUGAAUGAAUUUAUUAUUCUUUUUUAAUUGUAAGAUUAAAUUACUGAAUAAGAGUAAAAUUUAUAAUUAUUUUAAGUUUACUUAAUCAUUACUUAGACUUGGUUUAACAAAAGAAAUUUGAUGAUGCAUUCUUGUUGUAUUAGAAUUUAAAAUUGCCAAAGAAUUAUUUUUAUAAUUUAGUAGAUUAAAUGGGAAAUAAUAAAGAUGCUGGAAAAGCUGCUGAUUUCAUCAAAAAAUUAAAUUAUGAUCCAGAAAAUUAUCCUAAGAUAGUUGAAAGACUAGAAAAAAGCUGUAUUAGAUAUUUAUCCAAAGAGUAUUCUUGGUUUUAAUGUGAAGAAAAGCUCUUGUACAAUUAAUCUUUAUUAGUUUAUUAUUGUGAAGAUGCAUAUUAUCACAAUUAUAAAAAAGAAGCACUUUCAAUAAUUAAAAGAAAUAACUUAUUAAACCAAAUAAAAAAGGAAAAUUAAAAAGAAUAUAUAAAAUAGGAUUUUUAAGAAGGAUUUGAAGAAAUUCCAAAUGUAUUGUUUGUUAAAGAUGAAUUUAAACCAACAGAAGAAUUUGUGAAUAAUGAAAAUGGUGUUUAUUUGCUUUGCUCUGAUUUUGGUUAUCAAGAAAAUCAAAUAUUUGUUGUUGAUAAAGUUGAUUAAAACUAUUUUGAUGCAUGGAAAUGUAUUCAUUCAAGCAAAGCUGUUGGUAAUAUUAAGAAAUAAAUUUAAUAGGUUAUGAUUGUGAGAAUGUAACACCUUGGACCAAAUUAGAUUAUUAAGGAUUUAAAGUCUGUUUAGUUUAAAUAGCUACAUAAAAUCAUGUGUUUUUGUUUGACUUUUAGAGACUCUAAAAUCAUUAAGAAUUUAAGGAUGAUAUAAGAAAGUUAUUAGAGAAUUUUGAGAUACCAAAAAUUGGUUUAAGUUUGAAAGAUGAUUUGAAGCACACUGUAAAUCAUUUAAAAUUGAAGAAUAUUAUAGUUAGAUCAGUGAUAGAAUUGUCAAAUUGUUUUAAAAUGUUAGAAAAAGAUCCAAAAUUAAAAUCAUUAGCAUAUAUAACAGAAUUUUAUUUUAAAAAGAAAUUGAGUAAAUAUGAAACCUGCAGUAAUUGGGAAUACAGACCUUUAAGAAAGGCUUAAAUUCAUUAUGCUGCUUUAGAUGCUAUAGCUUCUUUGCACGUAUAUUUAAAGAUGAAUGAAAUAAAUAAUCAAAUAAUAGAAGAAGAAAAGGAUGUUCUAUAAAUGGGAUAAUGAGAGAUGAUUAAAUAAUUUUUUUUUGAG